AUGGGACAGUCUAUGAGUUUCAUGGGAUUGGGAGGAGGGCUGCAAUCCAGCCAGAUGCUAAACUUUUUAAUCGGAAAGGUGUACCAGCAGUUCGUCGACAAGGAUAUCCGAAAUUUUGAGGAUUUCCAGUUCGCCAUUCUCGAUAUUUUCAAAGUGCAAGACAGGAGGAACAUCUUCAACCAAUUUAUGAAGGAGAAUGUAAGGCUAAGCAAGGUCGAUAAUGCUACCCUGAUAACAGGAGUUGUAACGCCGCCGGUAGCCAUGGCUGCUAAAAGGGCAGGGGAGAGUGUGCCCCAGCUCAAAAUGAUCAAGGCCAUUCCUGACGUCUUUUUCGUGCCAUCAGCAACAGUGUUGGCUCUCAUUUCUGUUAAGAUUUACAAAAGAAUUUUCACGGGAAAAAAUGCAUCUUCGACACAGUCCGAACCUGAUAUCCAGACGAAGACCGAAACCAUUGGCGAAGCUAGAGCACCGCAAGGAGGUGCUGCUGCGUCUUCGGUCAUCGGAAUUCACCAUGAGGAGCCAGCUCGAGCUCCCUCAUUUUAG